AUGUUUUACAUUCACCCCGGACCAGUAGAGAGCGAUGUGUGCCAACGGAGCGAAGGCUGCAUCCAGUUUCUUUUUAGACCGCCUCCUUCACUCGUCUCGUGCUCGUCCUCGUUUGUCGUAGUGGGUGGAUCUAGAAUAAAAUGUGGAAGUGAAGUGAGGCCCCGGGCUGACUGUCAAGUGUCUGUCCUGGACCGUUGUCAUAUGGAGGUCUGCAUGGAGUGGCCCUCGGGAACCCUGGCCCGCAUCAUCGGACCUCACGUGUGGAAGGAUCUGGGCCCACUGGACCCGGACUGGUUUACGACGCUCACAUGUGAAGCAAAAGUGGCCGAGCGAGAUGAGCCAAGUAUAGAGGAAGAUCUGUGUCCGAACCAAGAAGCUGCUCUUUUUAAGUCACAGUUGGGCAGCAGGGGGCGCUGUAGUCCCCUGUCCUCUACCCCCAGAGUCUUCAGACCGAACCAGGCCCUGUCCCCUCAAAGUGACCACUCUCUCUUUGCCCAACCAGAAACACCGUUGAACAAAGAAAGUGAUGCACAGAGGUCGUCCUCGUUUGAUUUGUUUGCACAUCUCCACAGUCCGCUCGGCACAGAUGCAGACCGAACCCACAGCCCGCCCCGGUCCAAGGGGAGCUACGUCCGGGAGCUGUCUGAACGGCUGGGGGCACAGAUGGGGGGCGUGUCCUGGAGCAGCUCCUUCAACACUCCCCCAGCCGGCGACUCCACCUGGAAUAUUACUCGGAGAGAGACGGAGAGCACUCUGACCCUGACGGAAAACACCAGUGUCUUGGCGCGAAAGCUUUUUCACUGUAACCACAAUCUGUCUGAAGAUGGACCUGUCCUGCAUCCACCUGUCGUCACACAUGACGCUGACAUCACUUCGCCAAAUCCCAACUGCAAAAACCUCGAACGUCCUCUCUCUGGAACAAAAAACGCCUCUUCUCCAAACUGUAGCUCAGGAAAAGGAGUAUUCAGGAAAGUGAAGAGUGAGAGGAUCCACAGACGGCUCUUCGCUGCUGUGACCGAACCGGUCCGUGACGGAGUGGAGUCUCCGGUGAAACAGGCUGAAAGUGAAGCCAGUGAUCCGGCAGAGCACCCCCCUCUCACUCAGUGGUCUCCUCUAAGUUUAUCAGGACUUCCCACAGAAUUCUUCUCCCCAUCGGUUUGUUUGAGCGCCAUGAAGAGAGCGAAGGUCAGUGGGAAGCAGGAGAGUGUACGCCAACCCGCCCAGACCUAUAGUAGUCUCCAACCCGCCCAGACCGACAGUAGUCUCCGACCCGCCCAGACCUGCAGUAGUCCACAAAUAGCCCAGCCCAUCAGUAGUCCUCAACCAGCCCAGGCCAUCAGUAUUCCUCAACCAGCCCAGGCCAUCAGUAUUCCUCAACCAGCCCAGACCGGCAGUAGUCUCCAACCCGCCCGGGCCAUCAGUAGUCUUCAACCAGCCCAAACCCUUAGUAGUCUCCAACCCGCCCAGCCCAUCAGUAGUCCUCAACCAGCCCAGACCUUCAGUAGUCUCCAACUCACUGAGAGCAUCGCUGCCCUGUUAAAGGCAAAGGCCCUGCUUGACGAGGCUGGUUCUUCAGCGAACGCCAAAGAGACUUCUCAAAUCUCCAAAAAGCCGCUUUUGGAAAAUCGCAACAAGAAACAUGUUCCGUCAGCUGAUGGAUUGGACAUGGCAAAAAACAGUGGGUUUAGUACAGCCAGUGGAAAGAAAGUUGGAGUUUCUGAAGAGGCUCUGAACAACGCAAUCGGUUUGUUCAAUGACGUGGAUAGAGUUGAUAAAAGUAACAUCACGCGUCAUGCACGUUCUAAUCAUGGAGAAGGUGGUCCUCAAGCCUCCUCCAUACUCAACCCUCCAGUCAAGAUGAGCAAAGGAGUAUUCCAUCCUCGCGUGACCAAAGAAGUGGCCGUCCCUUCAGCCCUCGUGAACCUGGAUGGGCUCCAGCUUCGCGACUGCAGCUCCACGCAGCAGCAGUUUCUCGCUCAGGAGGCCUUGGACUGCACCCGGGCCUUGUUGGAGGAUGAAGUCCGGGCCGGCCAGAGUCUCACUGUAACCUCGGAGCAUGCCGUGAAGCCCGCUGGGAGGAGAGUAGGCCAACCCGACGAGAGUGUUGGGAGGAAGCCUUCCCCGGAGCGGUCGGACCGAGCGCUCGCUGAGCUCAGACCUCCUCCGGUCUUGAGCGCUCUCGGAGGUUUGUUGAAAGACAGAAGAGUUUUUCAAUACCACGUGUCGCGCCAACCAAACGCUCCGAGGCCCCGAGGGUGUGUGAAGGAGCAGGCCACCGUCCCUCUGUCUUUCACAUCAGUUAAACGAGAGGCAGCAGAGCCCAACAGACACGCGUUUGUUCCUCCUUUCCUAAACCCCAAAACCAAAGCUUGUAAAGAAGGAGCGAGGACAGACCAAGACAAGCCCUGUACGUUUGUCCCGCCGUUUAAAAAGCACAAGUCUGACGUCCAUGAAAACAACAGCAGUCGGGGUGUGAAAGGAUUGUCUGACACGCACACGUUCAGACCUCCGACCCCGAAGGAGCCAAACCCCAAAGAGGAACGUGAGCUGCAGAUGGAAGCCCCUGAACCUGCUGAAGAGGAGGAGUCAGCUCGUGCUGGUCAGGGUCUGAAUGAGGGCACUGGAGAGGAGGCGACACACGACCAUGUGGGGAGCAUGGCUGACCUGGCCCGGGACCUGCAGGACAUGAGGAUCAGGAAGAAGAGGCGUCAGACCAUCAGAGCUCUCCCAGGAAGUGUGUUCCUGUCCAAGACCUCCGGCCUGAAGAGGCUUUCCCUCAGGGCCGCGAUGAACGGAACGCCACAAAAGUACAGCCCCAAAGAGUUGUACGAGUGGGGAGUGGACCAGCAGCUGUGUGAGGUCACCAGCCAAACGGCCCAGUCCUUUUGCCUGGACCUCCGCAGGUUCUACCAGCCCCAGUGCUUCUUUGAGAGCGGGGCAGUGCAGCUCGCAGACGGAGGCUGGCUGGUUCCCAGGAGAGACGGCACUGUGGGGAAGGAGGAGUUUUACAAAGCGCUGUGUGACACCCCAGGCGUGGACCCCCAGCUCAUCAGCCCACUCUGGGUCUACAACCACUACAGGUGGAUCGUGUGGAAGCUGGCCUCUCUGGAGAGGGCCUUCCCCAAGAGCAUGGGCAGUGUGUGCCUGGGCCCUGAGCAGCUGCUGCUGCAGCUCAAGUACAGAUAUGACGUGGAGGUGGACCACAGCCGGCGGUCUGCUCUGAGGAGAAUCUUCGAGCGAGAUGACACAGCGGCUAAGACCAUGGUGCUGUGUGUGUGUGGACCCUUCUCUGAAGCAAAGUCAGCUCCGGGUCUUGGUCAAGGCCCUGGUCAGGACCCAGGUCUGGGUCCAGGUCCUGCUCAGGAGAGCCCCACAGCUGUGGUGUGGCUCACAGACGGCUGGUACUCCAUCAAAUGCCAGCUGGACGUCCCACUGACCUCGAUGCUGCAGCGUGGCCACAUCACAGAGGGGGUGAAGCUCAUGGUGCAUGGGGCCCAGCUCAUAGGGUCUGAAGAGGCCUGCGGGCCCCUGGAGGCCCCUGACUGCCUGAGCCUGAAGAUCUGCGCCAACAGCACCCGCAGGGCCCGCUGGGACACUCGCCUGGGCUACUACAGAGAUCCUCGGCCCUUUGUGCUGCCGCUGAGCUCACUGUUCAGCACCGGAGGAGCAGUGGGCAGUGUGGACAUGGUCAUACUGAGGAUCUACCCCCAACAGUGGAUGGAGAGGAAGGUGGAGGGGGGGCUGGUGUUCCGCUCGGGCCGCGCUGAAGAGAAGGAGGCCCGACGGCACCUGCAGCAGAAGGAGAAACACCUGGAGAGACUGUACGCCAAGAUCAGAGCUCAGUUUGACCAGGAGGAGAGAGACGGAGUGAAGUCCAAAGGCAGCAGGCGAUCUGUCAGACUGGAGGAGCUGAGCCGGCUUCAGGAGGGGGAGGAGCUGUACGAGGCCGUGGGGGAGGAGCUGGCUGAAGUGGAGCCGUACCUGAGCUCGCAGCAGCUUCACGCCCUGUGCCUGUACAAGCGAGACGCACUGGAGCAGAGGCAGAAGCAGCUGCAGGAGCGACUGCGCCGAGCCGUGGAGCAGGAGGAGGGCAGCGAGGGCAGUUUCCCCCGCAGACAGGUGACCCCCGUGUGGAGACUGAGUAUCGCGGACUACCAGGACCCCCGCGGCUCCACCGUGUACCAGCUAAGUGUGUGGAGUCCCUCUGCUGAGCUCCAGUCCCUGCUGAAGGAGGGCGGCCGCUAUCGCACCUACAACCUCACCGCAACUGAGCCCCGGAGCGGAGCCCACCGUGGGGCCCACCCUGGAGCCGGCAGGGCCACCGUGCAGCUCACAGCGACCCGGAAAACCCGCUUCACGAGUGUGCAGGCCUCCCCACUCUGGCUGUCAGCACAUUUUAGACCCAGAGAUUGCGUCACUUAUACGGAUCUUCAAAACCCAGAUUUCCUCCCUGUGUGUGGCGAGGUGGACCUGGCCGGCGCCGUGGUCAGCAUCACGGAUCAGCACGGGCCCUCGCCAGCAUUCUACCUGGCCCUUGAGUGCCUCUCUGUGGUGAGGGUGCGCUGUGGCCUGGGACCCUCUCGCUGUGAGUGGGACGAGGUGCUUCAGCCCCACGCUCUGCUCUGCAUCACCAACCUGCAGGUGCGGUUUCCGUGUGGGUCCCUGCCCACGCUGCACACCGGGGACCUGACUGAGCUCUCCACACAGCCCCGGGAGGCCUACCUGCAGCAGGGUCUGAGCCGCCUCCGACAAGCUGUCCAGGACCAGGGAGACUUCUUCACCAGAGCAGAGCAAAGUGUGAGGGACCUCUCCUGGUCUGAAGGACAGACCAUGAACCCCAGGACGCCACGCUCCAGAGGCAUGGACCAGAGAAGUCCACAGACCACCCCCACAUCCCGUCCACAGACCACCGCGGCCUCCCCUAGCUCGUGGGAGAAGCCUUCCCCGGUUUUCAAGACGCCCGGUCGCCUCAGCUGCCUCCCCCAGAAGAAGGACCCCCGCAGCAGCAAGAGGAGACGGGCCCUGGAUCACCUGUCCCGGUACGCCCCGCCCCCCCCACUGCCCCCCCUGAGCCCCGCACAGCACGCCUCGCCACACGUCAACAAGACCUUCUGCCCGCCCCGAUGCUCGCGUGUCCCUGCAAGCCCCGCCCACACCAAAGGGGAGGCGGGGCCAGUCUGCACGAGCCCCGCCCACACUGAGGGGGAGGGUUGGGUGCACGACGACGAACUUGCAAUGAUUGACACUCAGGAACUGCGCGCCGUGGACUCACUCAUGGACUGA